UAAAGAAUCAUCCUCCCUCCCUUCCCCCCAAAAGAUCCCCCUAAAAGUUCCUUUUUCUGUUAAUGUGAGCUAUGCACACAGUGCAGAGAAAGUAGAUCCACUAAAUCUCCUUACAGGGAAUGUAAAAUGUAUCUUUGUUUUAUUAAUUGUGGGAUUUUGUUUUUGUUUUCAGAUUACAUUUAUUCAAAUUUGCCACAAGUUUUUUUUUCUGCUUAUAUCAGUUGCCAGUCUUUGCGCCAUUAUCUUGUUCGUUAAUUGAAGUUGGCACCAGGAUGAUUUUCUUAUUGUGUUUGGCUGUAAAAUACAGUAUUUCACAAUUCUAACCAAAGUUAAUAUUUCAACACUGUGGUUAUCUGAGUGAUUUUAACAUAUGUUGAUUCCAGGGCUCUCAUAUUUUUCCCACUUGUUAACAUGUUCAUUUUUUAUUUCCAUUAUUUUGAAUGAAGCUUAGUUGAUCCAGUUGUGCAGUACAGUUAUGCAGAAAGGUGGUUUUUCUGUGCUGAUAGAAAUGAAUGAUAGCGUCCUAUACUCAUAGCACUCUUCAUCCAGGUGGCACCUAAAGCAUUUAAUAAAUGUUACAAGAGCAUGUUCUCUUUCUCCCCUUCUCUCUCUGUGUAAAAUGCUUAGGAUCUACUUGUAUGGUGCAUCAAAAUCAAAAUUCACUUUGCCCAUGAACGAAAUGCAACUAAAUUUGUUGUGAAAUCAAGCAACUCUUAAAUAGUUCACAGCAAUGAUAAGCAACAGUUUAGAACAAUAAAUUAUUAAUACUAUAUCCAAGUGAAACAGGGGUGAAUGUAGAUCUGUAGAAUGUAAUUAUCUGAGCUGGAAUUUGGCCAGUUAAUCCUCAUAUUGUUGCAAAAAGUGCCUACCAAUCUUUAAUUAAUGUAUGUGGUCAGUAACUUGGCUUUACAUUUCAUCAGAAAGAAUUAAAGAAGAUGAGAUUCUUGUUGAUCCUUUACUUGACUCCAACUCUUGAAUGAAGGGAGUAAAUACUUUAAUAAUCUCUUUACUUACUGUCAUGGUGACAGGCCACUUUAUAGAAUUUUUUUCACUGCUGUUUUUGGAAAAGGCAGAAAGGGAGUAAAGAAAGCCAGCUUCACUUUCAUCCAAAAUACUCAAAUUCUUGUUAAAUUCAUGUUGUUGUUUGUAACAUCUACAUGUCCCAGCUGAAUUCAGAGCCCCCUUGUGCUUGGUGCUGUACAGACUCAUAAUAAGGGACACUGAAUGGCAUACAGUCUAAAUUGACAAGGGAGAAAAAGGAAGUGUUGUUAUCCCAUGUCUACAUGGGGAAUUAAAGCUCAGAGAGAUUAGGUAUCUUGUCUGUGGUCACGCAGGAUAUCUUUGGCAAAGCCAGAAAUUAAACUCUGAUCUCCUGAGUUCCAGUCCAGUGCCUUAAUCACAAAUCCAUCCUUCUUGCAUUAAAAGAGCACUCACAUAGCUUGUUAAUCUUAGUUUUAGUUUUCAUGUGGUAAGAGCUAACUGCCACAUAUUGCAUAUUUUUCAUUAUAAUGGAGCUGGAAGCAACACCUAAGUGUUGCUUAGCACUUUCUAUUGUAAAUCCCUGUUUUUAGUUGUUUAUAACUUUGACCAUUUAGGCUGAAAUUUUACAUGCCAGGUCUGCCUCAGGCUGAAUGUUGCUGGGAAAUUUUCAGCAAAAGUGGAUCAACUCUUUCUGAGAACGAGGCUAGGGAAUAUACAUUAUUUUGCCAGUGUUCCUUAAAAAAAGUUCGAACUGUUUGUUGAGAAGCUCUAGCACUUUCAUACUUUGGAACAGGGACUUGAAAUUAGGCAACGGGUGCCAGAAGGGGAUCAGAGAGGUGCCUUUUGCUGUUCCUGUGGAAAUCUACCUAAUCUACUUGACUGAAUUAUAAGCCUCUGAAAAUCACUGUUUGCACAUGCUGUGUAGAGGUUUGUUAGCAACAUUUUCCAAACAUUCUGUCUUCACUGAACAUUCUGCAGCUCUUUAGAGCCACAGCCACAGUGAGCAUGCUUCAUUCCCAUAGAGCAGGGGUAGUCAAUUAUUUUUUGUCAAGGUCCAAAUUUCUUGGUCAAGGUAUAGUCAAGGUCCAGACUCUGGAGGAAAUAAUUUUUUAAAAAAGUAUGAUGAUAAGUAAAUAAAAAGAUUUUGGGGUCUGUUCAAAAGCAUCUGGCAGUCCGGAUUUGGCCUGUGGUCUGCCUGUUGAUUACCCCUGCCAGAGAGCUUAGUGAGUACGCUCCAGCCCAGGACUGAGCAGGACUUUUCUUGCAAUUACUCUUUCCAUUAGCGAGAGGCCACUGUGGCACCAGACACCAGAACUGAGAACAGGGAGGAAGAGAUCUUGUGAAAAAUAUGUGAUCACAAUUAAAGACUGUAUCAUUAAGGUUUCACAGGAAACCUUAAUUCUGGUAUUUCCUAACUUUUGUAUGUGUGAUUUUUACAAACCUUAAUGUUGUUUCAACCUAAUGUAAAACUCCAUUUAAAAUAAUUUAAAAAACAGUGGUUCUUUUUGUUUCUGCUCUGUUUUUUUUAAAUACCUUUAUAGAUAUUUAAAAAUAACAUUUUUCUUCUUACUAACUUUGCCCAUUUUAUUCAGCUAAUACAUAUUUUUGCUAUUGUUUCGAAUGGCACUGAAAGCGAUGUGGCUAUUUUUGUUUACUUCAUACUGAAACUGGAGUUUACAUACUGCUUUCUCUUCUAGAUCUCAGAUCCAAAAUGGUCUCUAAAGAAGUCUCAUUGCAAGAGCUGAAGGCUGAAGUGGAAAGCUACAAGGAAAACAAUGCUAGACAAUCCUCUCUACUCCUCUCUUUGCAAAAUCGAGUUCAGGAGAUGGAGGAGGAAUCAGGUGUGCUUGCCACUUCCAAAAAACAGACAGACCUAACAGCACAUGUUUUGCUCCAGGAGAAUUGGGAGUUGAAGGAGAAGAUCCAUAACCAGGAAGCCAAACUGAACAAAUAUUUGGAUGAGUGUGAAGAAAGCAAGAAUCAAGCUUCUAAGAUCAGCUGGAAGCAUGGCGAAUUCUUAACACAGCUUUCUGGAUUCCUGGACGUGGACAUCAGAGGAAAAGAGGAACCACACAAACAUUUAAUUUCAAAGGUCAAUCAGAUGCAUAAAGAAAAUACAAUGCUAAAAGGGCAGAUUGCCACUCUUGCAGAGGCUAUCAAUGUUCAUGAGAUAGAGUCAAAAGCUAGCAGAGAAACCAUCAUGAGGCUUGUUUCGGAAGUCAGCAAAGAGCAGAAAAAGGCCGUAGCCUACUCCCAAGACACGGACAAGCUUAGCAAGGAUCUGGACAGUGCUUUAACAGCCAAACAGAGUCUAGAGAAGGAGAUCAAAAGCCUCCAAGAUCGGCUGGCUGCUAGCCAGAGGGCUUGGGAAGCCUCAAAGCAGGAACUGCACCACCUGAAGAGAUGUUCCAGUGAGAUGGAUGGGAGUCUGAAAAGCAGCAUAGACGAGGCCAGGACUGCUCAGAGCCUGCUGAGUGCUUUUAAAGAGCAAGUUGCUACCCUUCUUAGCAACAGUUCUGUAAUAGUUAAACCCUCUGAGGAGGCUAUCAUGGAGCGAGUUCGAGAACUUGGCCACAGGGAAGAGAGCAAAAAGAUAAUGGUGUCCCAGCUUGAAGCCCAAAUAGCUAAACUGACUGAGCAGCUGGAGAAUCAGACCAGAUUGCACCAGGAGGCUCUGCAAAAGGCCAGGAAAGCAGAAAAACAAUUUGAGAUACUCCAGGAUCAAUUGAUGCGUCUGGAUGGGGAGUUGGUGUCUGGAGACAUGAUGCGAGAUGAUUUGAAGCUUGAGAAACAAAAAUAUCUUAAAUUUCUGGAACAACUUUCGGAUAAAAUGAAGCUGGACAGCGUUGCAUCUGAGAUUGGGCUCGAUAUGAGUCUGGAUGCGAUUCUGGCCCGUGCAGAGCAGUUGGUCAAACUGGAAAGUGAUGCAGUGAUUGAAAACAAGACUAUGGCACACAACCUACAAAGGAAGUUGAAAGCUCAGAAAGAAAAGCUUGAGAGCAAAGAGCUGCAUAUGAACCUUCUGCGGCAGAAAAUAUCCCAGCUGGAAGAGGAAAAGCAAGUGCGAACAGCCCUCGCUGUGGAGAGAGAUGAGGCCAACCUCACCAUCAGAAAGUUACAGAAGAAGGUGGAGAGGUUACAGAAGGAGCUGGGCCUGGCAAGAGACUUGAACACUGAUCUCAAAGCCAAACUGUCUGACACCAAUGAACUGAAAGUCAAAACUCUAGAACAGACUAGAACCAUUGAGGAACUAAACAAGUCUCAAGGCAAGCUGGAAAAGAUGAAGGAGAAGGCUGAGAAGCAGCUGAUCUGUGUCAAAUCAGAACUACAGUUUAUGGAGCAUGAAGCUAAGGAGGAUAAAGAAAGGGCCAGGAGUAUGCUAGAAGCAGUUACCAGUGAACUGAAAGCGCUUAAAACAACCCUGGCAGAGGUAUCAAAAAGAGAAAGGCAGCUGGCAGAGUUCCGUGAGGUGGUCUCGCAUAUGUUGGGCCUUAGUGUUACCAGCCUUGCGCUCCCUGACUAUGAAAUCAUCACACGUCUCGAGGGGUUGAUCCAUUCUCAUCAGCACCAUUUUGUUCCCUGUGUCUGCCUCAAAGAUGUGGCAGUGAGGCAAGAUGGACACUCGCAAAGCCACUUACAGCUUCUUCACUGAACAGUGCCUCUUUGAGAGACAGCCGGACAGAACUCAGCUGGCUCUUAUGCUGAUGUUCAUUUUCAACACUGAGUCCUGAGGGGAUUGUGGGUGAUUUGAGCAAAUAUUCCUAUAACCAUCUCUCUCUCUAAAUGUACAUAUGGAGUGAAAUCAUGGCCCCAUUGAAGUCAAGAGGAGGUUAGCAAUUGCCUUCAGUAGAGCUAGGAUUUCACCCACUGUACCGGCAGUGAAACAAAAUACAGAAAAGGAUCCAACCUAAAUUUUAAUUUCGUGCACUCUAGACACAGAAGUAUUUUUAAUAAGCAAUAUUUUUAAUACAGCUAAUAGGUGUCUGUUUCCCUGUCCAGGAACAAACAUAUGUAAUUCCUCCUACUGUUAAUGACAGUUAACUGUACAAUUUCACAUAGGUUGAUAAGAGGCCAGCCAUAUCACCCCCAAUAUAAAGCUUGUAUGUAAUCAAGCUUUAAACUAUAAACUAUAAACCUGCCUUUGCUGCAUGGUUCAUAGGACAGCCAGAUUGUUGGGCAGAUAAGAGAGGUAGCUAUUCAGUUACAUCCCCCAACCAACACAUACUUUGCUCUCAUCAUUGUUAGCCCCUAUGCGCCCACUGUAGUUGAGCUUUAGCAGCUUAAUUGGGUGGUGGAAAGCCAGGGGAUAUGAAGUUAGGAAGCAGCAUGCUCUCACCUCAGAGCAGUGUAAGUUGUGAUGCAACACAUGUAAUUGCAACAAGUUCCCUUUUGCAUAAUUAACAUACUGUAGAGGGGUUAGGUAGGAGCAUGUGGAUGGCACAAAACUAGCCAAUAUCCAUGCAGUAGUAUGGGAGCCCUGGAAUGGCCAAGAUCGACUCACAAUUAUGCAAUGUUCUUUCUAAUGGAUCUUGACUGCUAGAAAAAUCAAGGAGGGGAACAGACCCUCUGGCCUUUUAGUUUUUCCUUCAGCUAAGAAUGAUACAGUGGAAUUGAGGUUGCCCAGCUUCUACUUUCAAAAUCAGAGCUCCCCUUCUGUGCAUUUUUAUUCAUGAAGGGGUUUUAGUUUGGAUAAAUUUGAUUGUAUUUGUAUGCCAUAAAAGCACCACAUUUUUGGCAUGAAGAACUCAAUUCUUCCAGUAAUCUUCCUUUACUACUCAGUUGCCAAAACAAAGGUCUAAAGUUAUUUUCUAUCUCUUCAAUAUUAAUCUCUUCACACACUAUCCUGUCAUUUAAAUAUCACAGAUAUUUUUGAAGGGAUCACAUCUUACCUUUACUUCCUGAAAAGAAAAUAUGAUGAUGUCUUUUGUAGAGCAGCAGAAAUCUUUUCUUAGCUGUUGUAUUUGUCUGGCUGUUGCUUUUUAAGCAGUUCAAGUUGUAGCUCUACUUAAUUAAAAUUAAUUAAAAAUAUUCUGAUUCAAUGCAUCAAAAAGUUUAAUGACAAGAAGAAACUUCAUUUAAAAAAAGAAAGAAAAAAAGGACUAGGUCAACAUAUUGCUUCACUGUUGUCCAGAAAUGGCUUUUAAUUUGAAGAACUGAUUUUUACUAGUGUCCCUUCAAAGUUUUAUAUAAUUACAUCAUUUAAAAAAAUUUUUUGAACUGUAAAUCCUAUUUAAUUGAGCACACAGAUGUUCUUUCAUUUACAUAAUCUCUCUCCCAUUUGUACAUCUCACACAUGUACAAAAUAACACACAACAGGCACAUGCCCUUGUAGUGAGAGAAAUUCAAGCUUCCAGGAGAAUGGGGCAUCUCAACAGACAUUACUCCAAUCAUUGAAAUUAUUAAUCUAUAUUUUAAGGAAAAUGAAUUAUGAUCUUUAUAGUAUUUUUUUAGAAAAAUGAUUUUAGCACAGGAUUAGGAGGGAUUACAUAAGUAAUGCACAAUUGGCUACAUGCAAUGUAGUUUUUUUUAUUUUGCUUUUCUCUGAAACAUCAGUUAUUGGUUACUUUUGAAUGAGGAAUACCAAAUUUGGCAGGCCAGUGGUAUGAUCAGGUAUGGUGAAUCAUAUGUUCCUAUAAUUAUUUAGAUUAACACUAAUUUCCUUUCUUAUUUUCUAUUGUGAAAUUGUUUGUUCACAUGCAGGUAACAAAUAUUCACAAAUAAAAAGGAAAAACCCUAAUAUUAACAAAUAUAAAAUAAAACUUGAAAUAUAGGCACCUCUUUCAUUGAAAAUAACAGAUUACAGGUUAACAUUUUAUUGGUCAAACUGAACUGCUCGGGGUGUGUAGGUAGGAAGAGGAUGUACAGAUAUACUAAUUCUCAGAUGAGGUUGAUGAUAGUUUCAGCCUGUGCUUUUGUUUGUUCCAUAAUUACAUAGGUGGACAAAGUCUUUGCCAGCUAGUCUAAAGCCCUGUCAACUGUUGUUUCUUACAUAGACACUUUUAAAAUACUGAAACAUGCUUUAUAAACCAUAAAUUAAACAAACUAAAUAAGAAAUUAGUGUCUGAUCAUACUAGGCGUUGAAUGUACUCCCAGUAGGAGUUGAGUGCACUUGACAACUUUCAGAACUAGUCCCUCAAAACACCCCUAAGAGAUAUGUAUUUUUAGUUCUGUUUUACAGAUGGGGAAACUGAGGCAGAUAAAUUAGAUGACUUGCUAAAGGCCACAAAAGGAUUCAGUAUCUGUCAAGAUUAGAGCAUGGAAGUGCCUGGGGGCUCAAACCAAGAGACCAAGGGUGAAAUUCUGGCCCCUUUGAAGUCAGUAGCAAAACCCCUGGUGACGUCAAUGGAGGCAGGAUUUCAUCUCAAAUCCAACGAAAGGUUUAGUCUAGUUUCUUGUGUUUUGAGCCCAAGACUAGCAGAAUCAGGAACUUCUGCGUUCUAAUUUCUCUCUGACUUUGUUGCCAAAUAAGACACAUCAUGUACAAUUUUUAAAUUGUUCUAAAUGCAGACAUAGUACAUCAGUGAAUAUAUCCCUUAUUCUAAAUAUUUGCUUUUCUUCUGGAAGAGUUACUGGCAUCUUUGCUCAUUUAGCUAAAGCAAAUAAAAAAAUAAAUAAAGCAGUAGUUUGACAU